AUUUUUUCUUUUCAGAGACUAUGUAACUGGAUUCCAGAAGAGAAAGAAAGAGCGGCAAGAGCGUGCCAAAAAAUUCAACGAAGCCAGAAUCAAGAAGAAAUUACUGCUUGCUCGUGCAGAGAGGCGGAAGAAUUUUAACAAAAUUCUUGCUGAGCACGAACAACAAACCAAGGAGAUCAAUGAUGAAUUCUCAGAUGAAAGUGACAGUGACGAUGACGUAACCCCUAAGCCGUACGAGAGCAAGGUGGGAGGGCCGGCCGUGAGCAACACUAUCAUCACUACCUGCGGGAAUGCCACCGUCGAGAUAUCAACACUGGGUCUCAACAGUGACCAUCACUUAGGCUCAAAUAUUGAUUUCGAAGCUUGCAAAUUGGAAGGAGCCACUUUAGCCCGACACAAGAAUCUGCUGAAGUUGUGUACUUCAAAGACUCAGUCUAAAAAUAAAGAUGAAGAGUCACAAUCGUUCUCAGAUAUGGUCAAAGGAGUGAUGAAGAAGGCACAGAAAAUGGCUAAGAAAGUAGAAAAAGAAAGAGCUAUAAUGAAAAAAGAAGAUAACUCUAUGAAGCCCAUAAAGCAGAGAAAGAAAAAAGUUCAAGUCACUGAGUUGUAAAUAAAUCGAUAUUAAUA